GCGCGCGCAGCGGAGGGGCCCUAAGAUGUCGGCGGUUCGUGUCCGCCUGGUGUUUGAGUAUCCGCCGCCGCUGCUGCCGGCCUCCAGGAUGUGCUGGUUACUCCUGCAGCCCCAACACUGCCGUGUGGUGGCUGACCUCGAGAGUAUCAUCCGCCAGCGGUUCGGCUUCAGCGCCAGCAGCACCCGCCUCCAUCUGUUUGUGGACAGCUGCCUCCUGCCCCCCAAUGAGAGCAUCCAGCUGGUCCGGGACAACGACUGCAUCAGAGUGCAACAGGAGGAACUGAUAACAGAAAAUGGGUUUGUGACCAGCAGCUCUCCAGAUUGGCUGGCUGUGAAACCAAAGAAGAGACGCCGGCAGCAGUCCCAGGAGAAACAGGAGACACAGAGUGAAAAUGAUCAAAGAAAGAAAAAAAGAAAGGAGGCUGGACUGAAAGCAGAGCGGAGGCAUAAUUCUGCAGAAGAAACUGAGCUGAUUGGAAAUGUGAAGAGUGCAAAAAAGCGAAAAAAAGUGAUAGAAGAUGACGGACAAUAUAAUAUUCAAAAGAAACAUUGCAAAAAGAAGAAAGAUAAAUUCAGCAAAGAUCAAACCAGGCGAGAUUAUUCCAGAAAAAGAGCCAGUUCUGGAUGUUUGGGGAAAGCUCUCUCAGAGCCUACUCCUCCAACACACUCUAAACAAAGAGAGGGAAAGAAUGUUUCAGAUGAUACUCCACCUCAGGGGAAGGUGGCAGUAGAGGCAGUGGACAGUGAGUAUUCAUCCAGCAGCAUCAAUGAGAGUGACCAUCCACAGCCAAAGAAUACUCAGCUGGCAACGGAUGGCACCAUCACCAAGACUGAGGGCAAGGGCAUCUCAACAAGGAAACAUCCCAACUCUCGACGUGGGAAGAGACCUGCCCAGACUGACGUUACCCCUAAAAUGGCAGGAGUAAAGACAGACAGCAGCUCUGACUCUCUGAGCAGUGACUCCGAAACACCCGUGGUUAAGAGAGCAUUCACUCUGAAUCGUGAAGCUCUGCCUCCAGUGGAAAGGAUAUCUGGCCCUUUUGAAAAUGGUGAGUCAUCUGCACCUUGUUCAGACACUCAAGAUUCCGAAUCUGGGAAAACCAAGAGCAGAGCUGGAGGUGCAGGUGCUGCAGUUCCAGGCAAAACUCUCUCAGAGGGAUAUCAGCCAACACCUGCCACCCUGCAACCUAGUCCAACAGGGAAUUGUAACUUUGGACAGGGCAACGGAAGGGGACGAGGACGAGGGUUUAAUGGCUUCCCAUGGAGAGGAGGGCGUCAGCAACGUGGUGCGUUCCAGGGCAGGGGCAGAGGAACUGGCUCCUUCCGCUAUAACUAUGAAAAUAGCGAGGAACCAAAACCUGGAGAAUCAAGUCAAACAUUAACUAAUAAACAACCUAUUGUUGAGAGUUCCCCUGGGGCUCCCAAGAGAGACUACAGCAAACUUCCACUCCUUGCUGCACCACCUCAAGUGGGAGAAAGAAUUGCUUUUAAGAUGUUGGAACUUUCUGAGAAUUACACACCAGAGCUGUCAGAUUACAAGGAAGGAAGAAUUGUGAGUUACAAUGCCAAUACCCAAGAAGUGGAGCUGUGUGUGGAUUCCAUAUCGACAGAGCGUUCUAAAGAGCCAGGGAAGUUUGACCUUAUUUAUCCAACAAAGAGUGGUGACAAUAUGGUGGAGUACGCAGUGACAAGACGGCCCCAGGUAACUGAAAGUUGGAGUGCUCUGAUUGAACCUCGUCUGAUUGUGACACCUAGUGCUGAGCCAGUAGAUGUGGAGUUGGCCUAACUAACCUACCCCACCCAUCUUUGCCCUCACUGCUUGUCGUGCAGGGAUUCUUCUGCUAACUUCGCUCCAUCCUUACAUGAUGCUGCCUCUCUACCACACUGUAGCGUCCUGACUGCAGGAACAGUUGUGGUUGUAUAUUUUCCGAGAUUGCAGUUUUGCUGAGAAUGGUCUUUUGUGAAUUGUUUAAUAAAUGUGUUUUUUCUAAGA